AUGGAACCGUUCGACGCGUCAAAGUACGCGCUCUGGGCGUUCAAGAUGAAGAUGUACCUCAUGUCCAAGGGACUGUGGGAUACAGUGCUUGGUGAAGCAGGCGUCACGGCGAUGAAGGAGCAGCAAGCGCAUGCGGCGAUUGUGCUCAACUUGAAGAACUCUCAGCUGGUUCACGCCAUGAAUACAACCAGUGCUCACGAGACCUGGGCAACACUGGAGGGAUUUUACCGCACGCAGGACAUGGCAAGCCGACCAUGGCUCAAGGAGAAGUUCGCUUCGUUCAAGUAUACGGCAACGGACAUGAGCACUCACGUGAUGGAGCUAAAGCAACUAGUGCUGCAGAUGAAAAGCGCAAAUUGUGAGCUAAAUGAAGAGGAUGUGUGCGCGACGACGCUGCGCAGCCUGCCAGCGUCGUACGAGAGCCUGGUGCAGGCAUUCAGCAUGAGCGUGUCUCAAUUCAGCUUCAGCAAGCAGAAAUCACGCCGCAUUGAGAGCGAAACAGCGCUACACGUGGGCAAGCAACGCGAAAAGCGCCAGAUCGCCAGAAAGAGCGGCGGUCAGCGCAAAAAGGGAGCGAACGUUCAGUGCUACAAUUGUGGGAAGCGCGGGUACUACGCGCGCGACUGUUGGGUGAAGGAUAGCGGUAACGGUGACAACGGCAGCCAACAUGAAAACCACUCAGACGUGGCAUUCAGCGCAAGCAAAGGAAGCGCGGGCGACUGCUAG